AUGACCGUAUACUUCAAGCAAAAGGUCCUUGUAUCAACCUAUUUUGAAAUUUGCCACGACCAUUAUUCGUUGCCUGGCCGUUUCACUGGGAGUUACUAUGUUCACGCCUUGUUCCUAGGUUACAAGUCGUAGCGAGCAGACGACAGCGUGUGCCGGUAUAAAAACCCCGAUAGCGCCGAUCGCACUAUCAUUUGGUCUCACCAUAACUCCUUGAUUGUUUGGUUGUGAGAGCUCUCUCAACAAUUUUCAAAAUCUUCUCUUUUUUAACCGUGUUUGAAAAUUCGAUAAAUCGAAGAAAACAAGAAUUACUUUAAAAAAGAAAAGGUGUAUACGUUCGUCUUAGAGUGACUUAAUUUUCGGAGGAAUACAAGAAGUUUUGUUACACUGCCUUGUCGUCGAUUCGACCAUUGCUUCUUAGAUUAGAAACUUUCUUCCAAAGGACAGAAUGCGUGAAUGCCUCUCACUUCAUCUCGGCCAGGCCGGUGUCCAAAUGGGCAAUGCUUGUUGGGAGUUGUUCUGUUUGGAGCACGGCAUCCAACCCGAUGGACAGAUGCCCUCAGACAAGACCAUCGGAGGUGGUGACGAUUCCUUUAACACCUUCUUCAGUGAGACUGGAGCUGGAAAGCACAUACCAAGAGCUGUUUAUGUUGAUCUAGAACCCACCGUGAUUGAUGAGGUUCGAACCGGUACUUACCGUCAGCUUUUCGGUCCCGAGCAGUUGAUUACCGGCAAGGAGGAUGCUGCCAACAACUACGCCCGUGGUCACUACACCGUCGGCAAGGAGAUCAUCGAUAUCGUCCUCGAUAGAGUCAGAAAGCUGGCUGAUCUGUGUUCAGGACUUCAAGGUUUCUUGGUGUUUCACAGUUUCGGCGGUGGCACCGGCUCAGGUUUCACCUCCCUGCUCAUGGAGCGUCUGUCCAUUGACUACGGCAAGAAAUGCAAGCUCGAGUUCGCAAUCUACCCCGCUCCUCAGAUCUCAACUGCCGUGGUCGAGCCUUACAACUCCAUCCUGACAACCCACACCACCCUCGAGCACUCCGACUGCGCCUUCAUGGUCGACAACGAAGCCAUCUACGAUAUCUGUCGUCGAAACCUCGACAUCGAGCGUCCGACGUACACCAACCUCAACCGUCUGAUCGGACAGAUUGUUUCGUCAAUCACUGCAUCAUUACGCUUCGAUGGUUCUCUGAACGUCGAUCUGACAGAGUUCCAGACUAAUCUGGUGCCCUACCCUCGUAUCCACUUCCCCCAAGUCAUCUACGCCCCAGUCAUCUCGGCUGAGAAGGCCUACCAUGAGCAACUGAGCGUUUCUGAGAUCACCAACUCCUGCUUCGAGCCCGCCAACCAGAUGGUGAAGUGCGAUCCCCGUCACGGCAAGUACAUGGCUUGCUGUCUCCUGUACCGUGGUGAUGUCGUCCCCAAGGAUGUCAACGCCGCCAUCGCUACCAUCAAGACCAAGCGUACCAUCCAGUUUGUUGACUGGUGUCCAACUGGCUUCAAGGUCGGUAUCAACUACCAGCCACCCACCGUCGUCCCUGGUGGUGAUCUUGCUAAAGUCCAACGUGCCGUCUGUAUGCUGAGCAACAACACCGCCAUCGCCGAGGCCUGGGCUCGUCUUGACCACAAGUUCGAUCUGAUGUACGCCAAGCGUGCUUUCGUCCAUUGGUAUGUCGGAGAGGGUAUGGAGGAAGGAGAGUUCUCCGAGGCUCGUGAAGAUUUGGCUGCUCUUGAGAAGGACUACGAAGAAGUCGGCAUGGACUCGGUUGAUGGCGAGGAGGAGGCCGAAGAUGAUGAUGAAUAUUAGACAAAAAAAGAAUUCUUUCUCUCUGUAGAUGUAUGCAUGCAAUAUUAAUUUAUUAACGUUUGAAUCAGUGAGGAGGCACAAUGAUGCUACGUUUCUUUCUUCUGAUUUCCUAGUGCCUUAAAUCGUUUACUCUUUAAUCUUAAUAUUCAAAUAUUCAAAAUCAAAUCACUUCAUAUCAAAGACAAUAAGCAUAUUCUCGAUUUCCUUUGCGUCUGUAGGUGCAAUUCACGAAAGAUUAUAUUUUGUAUCACUCAUUGAAUGUUGCGCAUGUAAAUGUCGAACAUUCAGGAAAGUGUAAUUUUUAAGUAACCAUAUUCGCGCAAUCGUCACCUUGUAAUCGAGCUGCCGUCACCUCAAAUUCAGGCUGGAAGGUGUGUUUCUUUUUUUAUUUUUGGUUUCUUAAGUUUUAUAUCUGUAUUUCAAAGACAAAAUGACCUUGUCACUGUCAUUAUACAUUGUCUUCUUUUUGUUAUACUCGCUUAGCUUAGCUCGCUCGGAAAAGUGUAACUGGAAAUAAUAUCCGGGCAAGAGACGUUGCCCCCUUCCCCCACUGCCGAAGGUAUGUCCUAAUUAAGUCAUUUUUGUUGACGAAAUAAGGUUUUUCCUAUCUAGACCAUGUUGGGUUUAUUUUAAUGAUUUUAGCCAAGUUCUCGACGAUCUCUAUGCUCCUGUUUUUGAUAAACUGUGUCUCAGAACGCAUUUUCUUAGUUUUAUAUGAUUAUUAGAUCAUGCACGAUGAGAAAAUCUGCUGUUUUAUAACUUUUUUCUCUCACUAUUUUGUACAUGUACAUUCAAACAAUGCGUUUGUAAGCAAUAACAUUUCCCUGGACCAAUCUAAACUUCUCUUAUAAGAGAACAUAGACAGUGGAUAAGAAAUUAAGAAUAUUAUGUUUUUUAAUGAUUUCCUUUAGUGCAAUGUUUCAGAACAUUCCAUGAACACAAUACAUAUUAUUUUAGCGCAUCUAAUGCAUGAGUUAUAUUGGGGAACGCACCCUCUGAUUGUACAUUUAUUAAACUAAACAUGGAGGACUUUGAGAUGGUUCUGUAUAUAUAAUGUUAAACAUAAUAGUUUGUAGUCUUGUGUCACGUAUGGUAUGUACUCAUUUCAAGGCGUGUCAAUAUUACUUUAAAAACGAAUAUCAUACGAGAUAGAGAAAGGACUACUAAGAAACUGACUGCAUAAAAACAUAAUAACAUGAAGUUUAAGCUUCUACCAACCUUAACAUUUAGUAGGCAAGCUUUCGUCCAUUCACUCCUGUGGACUUUCUCAAGCAAAUAGAUUAUCCAAGCACUAUCUUGCUGCCUGC